AUGCAAGAAAACCUAACAAUCGGUAUCGUCAUUCCAGCUGCUGGGAGAGGCACACGAGCAGGUCAAGGCUGUCAAAAAGCUUAUCGUCGAAUCUUGGGCGACACAGUGAUCAACCGCACUGUUAAGCUAUUCCGAUUCUGGAAUGCGAAUUGUCCCAUCGUGAUUGUUCAUCACGCAGAUGAUACUGCCUUGCUAGAGGCCUCCAUUGACCGCGACAACAAUAUCCAUACAACGGCUGGUGGUGCAGAGCGAGGAGCCUCCGUUCUACAGGGUCUUCGCCUCCUUUCUGCACUUAAACAGCCUCCAUCACACGUCUUCAUCCAUGAUGCCGCCCGACCGUUCGCAUCGCCUCAGCUACUGGAUAGGGUACUAGAGUCCAUCCAGAAAGACCCAUCUGUUGGCGUGAUCCCAGGUCUUGCUGUCGCGGACACGCUCAAAAAAGCCGAUUCUAACGGCCACAUUACAGCUACUGUCCCUCGAGAUGGUCUCUUCCGUGUACAGACACCGCAAGCAUUUGAGCUACUGAUGAUUCUGAUCGCGCACGAACAAGCCGCGAAUGCUGGAAAGGAUUACACGGACGAUGCAGCUUUAUUCGAAGAAUCAGGAUACCCUGUUCGCAUUGUGCCCGGUGAAUCCGAAAAUAUCAAAUUAACCUACAGCACCGACUUUGAAGAAGCGGAGCGCUUCUUACGCGCGAAACAUCCUACAAACAUCCCAGUGCCGGAUGUUCGAGUCGGCCACGGUUAUGACACACACCGACUCGUACCGGGAGAAGAGAUCAUCCUGUGUGGCGUCAAAAUUCCACAUACGGCAUCCCUCCUUGGCCACUCGGAUGCUGAUGUUGGUCUACAUGCUCUGACGAAUGCUUUCCUGGGAACUAUCGCCGCGAAUGAUAUUGGGAGUCAUUUCUCCGAUAAGGAUCCGAGAUGGAGGGGUGCUUCGUCGGAUAAGUUUUUGCAGCAUGCUGCUAAGCUUGUUGCUGAGGCGGGCGGGACGAUCACGCAUUGUGAUGUUAGCUUUGUAUGCGAGCAGCCGAGGAUUAGUAUUCAUCGAGAUGCGAUGCGAGACUUUGUGGCGAGUAUUGUCGGGUUGGAUCGGAGUCGUGUCUCUGUUAAAGCGGGGACAAAUGAGAGAAAUGGAUUUGUGGGACGUGAAGAGGGAAUUGUGGCGUUGGCUACAGCUACGGCGGUGUUUAUGGGGACUUGA